AAAUGAUGGACACCUGGCUCAUUUGUUCUCAAAUACAUUGCAUUGCUUGACCAAGUAUGUGAUUCCCACCUCGGAAGCAGAAUUACCCGCUCUCCCUGCAGUUCCUAUUAUGACUCGUUCAGAAUUAGCAAAAUUCUCUAGCUGUCACUCAUAAACAAACCCAGAAACUAAUAUAUAUAUAUAUAACCACUACCUUACAAUCCCAACUAAGUAGAAACUACUGAAAUCAAUCUUUCCAAGCGUCAGAAUUUGAUUCAGAGAAAACAUGUCCAACAUGCAGCAAAGCUUCAGUGCAGGCCAAACCCAAGGCCAGACCCAGGCCAGUGUGGAAGAUUGGAUGCAGUCAGGUCAGAACACAGGGAACAGGACAUCCAGUGCUGCCCAAUCUGCAGGGGACUCUGCCAAACAAGGAACAGACCAGGCCACUGGUUUUCUCCAGCAGACAGGGGAGCAAGUGAAGAGCAUGGCACAAGGUGCAGUGGACGCUGUGAAGAACACACUUGGCACUGGUGACAGCAACAACAACAACAACAACAACAGCAGGAAAUCAUAAGACCAAACCCUCCCUCCCCAAUUGAUGAAAGGGAUAAUGCUGCUUCCAUUAGUAGUUUUGAAUUAAGUUUGCUGGUUUGAGAUUUCUCUGUUCAGAGAUCUUCUAUAAGCAUGAGUUUAAGAUGUAAUAAGGUGUCUUCCAUUUCUUUUUUGUUUUUCUGUUUUUUUUGGGAGCAAAAGAUGUAAUAAAAAUUAACAAUAAUGAAAAUGAGAUGAUGCAGCUAAUGUUCUCUACUUCUUCUGUCCAUGAAGCAAAUAAUUUUCUUACAUGAUCUGGUGGAUCUUGUGUUUCUUCUUGUCUUUAAAUGAAAAUUUUCUUAUUCUAAUUGAGACAGAGUAAAAUUUCAACACAGUUGAACAAAUACAAUUGUUGGGGUCUAGUGCAGGGGAAACCACACAAAAGUAUAGUAUCACAAGGAACAAUAUCAGAAUACACACAAUCGGGACAAAGGUAGAAUUAUCUACAAGCAAUAACCACGAGUAUAAUGGAAGUAAAUAAGCAAGUAGCGAAGAGGAGCACACGAGAUUUACGUGAUUCGUCUAUACCAAGCCUAUGUCCACGAGAUUGCGCGUGUAUUCCAUUAGUUGAAGAAAAUCGAGCCUUUUGGACAACCUCCAAGAUUGCUCAACCCAGCUUUGAUCUCCCCUCUCAAAAAUCUAACAAAAAAUCACACUCUUGUUCACUCAAUAAUAAACCUCACAAUUCACAAAGCUCUCUCCACUAUGUUUUUCGUCUCUCUCGACCUAGAAAGAAAACCCUCAAAACAUGUGUUACAAGUGAAAUCCCGGAAGAAACUUAGGUAGCUGACUGGGUGCCUGCUAUCCGGACAGAAAAUGGAGCAUGUCGGACAGCACAUGUUCUGACUUUUCUGACUGCAGAGAUACAUGAAAGGAGCCUUCUGUCCGGACAGCACCUGAGAUGAUCGAUCUCCUCAAU